GUGACACACCUUAUCCUGGAAUUCCACCAGAAAGACUCUUUUCAAUGUUGAAAGAUGGUUAUAGAAUGCCGAAGCCUGAUAAUUGCCCAUACCAUUUCUAUAAAAUAAUGAGGACUUGUUGGCGUGAAAAACCACACGAAAGACCACAUUUUCGAGAACUUGUGUUGAAACUUGAAUCUCUGAUGCAUGAGUUGAAAUUAAAGAACACCAUACCAUUAAGUGAGGAAGAAUGCAUUGAUUUCAGCAAACUGAGAAAGCAGAAAAGUGAGAAUAACUCUGUAAUGCAUCAGCUGACUUCCUUUCCGAAACUGAGUGUUGUUCAGAUAGUGCCAUAUGAGAAUCAGCAUCUACUUUCUCCAGGCGAAUUCAGUGUUUAAAAGAAGGCAGCAAUGUGAAAGCAGUCCCUGAAGAAUUGAUUAAUUAUUUUUAGUAAUAUAAAAUGUCUCAGUGAAUGAAAAUAUAAGAGGAUUCAGAAAGCAGUAAUCACAAUAUACAUUAUCUAUCUAUAUAUAUAUUAUAUAUUUCUUUGUCAUCUAUAAUCAGUUUUCUAUUACGAGUAUUAUUUUAAACUCCUAGCUAUAUGUUAACUCUUAAAUGCUUCAUGAUUUUGACCCUUAGGCGUUGAAACACUUAUUUUGUUGUUUAAACUCUUGUAAUCAGAGUUGUGGAGUUGGUAGUUGAAAUGUUAGACUCCUACUCCAUAUUUUUCUAUGAGCCUAACUUUCUUCGUAAAAAGUUUUACUGAGUCCUAGGAUCGGUAAUAAUAUUAACCCUUUGGACUCGAUAGGUGACGCUCUGUUACCAUUACUUAUUAUAACAUUCCCAUCAGACUGAAUGAUACAUUUUUUUACAUCUAAAUGUUUACUAAUCCCUUUCAAAAAGGGCGUCAAGGUUUCGUGUUGUAAGUGUUCUAACACUGUGUUUAGUCUUGUAAAUGUUUCAUGAUUGCGUUUUCUUUUCCUUUUAUUUAACCGUUGAAAGAGCCUUGAGUCCAAAGAGCCUUGAGUCCAAAGAGCCUUAAGAUACAGCUAAAGAGCCAAAGAUACAGCCCUUUCCAGCUCAAUGUAGAUACUUUGAGAACACUAAUUCAACUAAUGUUACUAACCUCUAGAAAUGUAAAACUAAUUGCUUUUAAAUGUUUAGCAACCAUUAUUCUUUAAACAACAAAGGUAAAGUGCGCCAUUUUACUUCGAAUGUAUAACCUAAUUAAAAUUUUCAAUCAAAAUUUUGCUGUUCUCGAAAGGGUUAAUACUGAAUAAAUGUUCAUUUCAAUUUAUAAGUUUCUAUUUUUUAUAUUUAUGAUUAGGAUUAAGGGUAUUUUAUUUAAAAUUAUAUCUUAUAUUUUGUUUUAACUUUAGAAGAAAUAAAUUUGAGCAAAUAUAUUGUGCAAAACCGUUAUAAGAAUGGAGCUAGAUAUCCACACGCACAAUAUAAAUAAAAAAAGCUUUUUUACCUUGUGAAUACUUUUGAAUUAGUGAACUAUUACAUUUUAUAGAUUUAUUUAUCAAGACUUUCAAUAAAUUUUUUGUCUUUUUUUUCAAUAAUCCAAUCAAGCUUAGGCUUAAAAAUGUUUGCAUUUAAUAAACUAAUUUCGGGAUAAGAAUAAUUAUAAAUAUUUGCAUGAAUCCUUGGAUUUAACAUUUAACUAACCAGGGUCAAAAACUCCUGAAAAAUAGUUUUCGAAUUCAAAUCUAUCAAACUUACCUGUAACCGAAUAAAUUUUAAAGAUAUAAAUCAUGAUGUAUUUUAUUUAAUAUCUUAAGAUCUUGGAGUAAAAAUAAUUGCUAAGAUGUGAAAAUUUGUAAGAUUCAAGUUUCGUUUGUUAUCGAUUUUUAAAAAUAUAAAUGUCACUUAAUAUAAUACAAAUGACCAAUAAGGAUUGAAACAUCAACAAACCUAGCUUUAUUUAGACUAGAAAUUAAUUAAUUAAAUAUCUCUAUUAUUACCACAAUGAUUAACUAAAUAGCUGUUUUUACAUGGUCUGAUUUGGUUAUUACCAAACGUCUCAGAAGUAUAAUUAAUUAGCAAGAAUCAUUCCUAACCGAAGCCACUUUUUUUUCAGUUCAAAAAUUUAAUAUCUUAAAUUCUUGGUCUAAAAAUGAUUACAAAUGUCUAAAAAGAUAAAAUAUUAUUUUCUAUUUCGUUCUUUAAAUUUAAAACAACACACAAGAACAGACAAACGACAAAUGAAUAUCAACUAACUAAACUUAUUAUCAAGAUUAGAAAUGAAUUAGACAAUUUUUUUCACCAAAAUUAAUUGAAUAUCCGCUUUGCAUGGUCUGAUUUAGUUGUUUCCAAACGUUUGAGAAAUGUAAUUAACAAAAAAUCAUUCAUAUAAUCUUGCAUAUUUUAUUACAGUAUCCUAGUUCUUAGGAGUUUAAAAAACAACAAACCUAGGAUGUAAACGAUUUAUACAAGUCAAAAAAUCUAAAUAUUUAGAAUAGAUUUGACUAUUAUUGUAAACAAGAUAUAUAUUAAUUUAGGAAUGCUCGUGAUUUUUAUAGCAGUAGGUUCAUUACUUUUUAAAUCCUCUUAUCAUUUUUAUUCACAGACAACACCUUCAAAAAUAAAUCUACGCGCAUUUUUUUUCUUUUAAAUAUUUUUAUUAAAAUAAUUCUUCAAUGCAAAAUUAACCCUUUAUAGGGCCUUUUUUCUAAUAAUGUUAUGUAAUAAUAUUUUGGGGAUUGAGAGUGAUUAAUGUACAGAAAUUCAUUUAGCUUAUUAUCUAAAAUUAUAAAGGUGGGAGGGAUUUUCAAAAUUUUAUGUACUGUGAAGAAUUGGCCAUUAAUUUGAUUUUAUGUUCUUAUAAAUAACCACAUUUAAAAAUGCUGUGUUUAUAGAUGCAAAUUAACUAGACGAGAAAUGGUCAAAUAAUUUACUAAUGAACAAUGAACGCAAACCGCACAAGAGAAAACAGCUCUUUAGUGUUGGCCUUUCUUCUUGACCCCACGCAACCUUUACUAUUACCCACACUUUUGUAAACAAAGCGUUGUUUCCCCAUAAUUUUUAAAGUUAACAGCAGAUGACUACACAAAUCAUAGGCGAAAAAAUGGCCUCUUUCAAAAAUUAAUUAAAAAACUAAUGACUUUUAAAAAUUAAUGAAGUUGAUGGGAAAUGUACUUACACGGCCUUAUAAAGGGUUAAUCUAAAUAUUAAUGAAGUUGGUCGGUGAGAAAUAUAUUUUACACGCCCUUAAUAAAUGUAAAAAUGUUUGAUUGAUUUACAUGUUUUAUUCCGGAACGAAACGUAUAAACUGCUACUCCUGAUUAUAAAAUGUUUAUGGCCAAAGUUUAAAAAAAUUUCUCAACUUUACUUUUAAAAAAUUAUUUAUUCUCAUUUUUGAGAUAAAAUUGACUUCAACGCAGUUCGAAAUCUCUGUCAUCAAAUUGGUUCUAUAUUGGAAUAGUUAAUCAUCCCAUUUAAGAUUGAUACAUAAUGUAUAAAUGCAGGCGAACAUUUCAAACUAAUUUUAAAAAUUAACUAAUUUUAUUUUUAAAGGUUUAAUUAACUGUGUAUUUAUAUUCAAUGUGCUGGAUAUCGGAUAUUUUUCCCCCCUUCCCUUUAUCAGAGAAAUACAUAUUUUAUAAAACGAAAUUGCAUGACUUAUAAAAUAAUUCUUUGAUAAAAUAAUUCAACUGUGUAAAUUCUCAGAAAAAUAUCCGUAUUUAAUUAGCAUAGAUAUCCUAUCAGCAUAUUUACAAUUAUAUGAUAAUUUACGAAAUCGAGUUCGUCAGUUAUAGUAUGCAAGAACUUUGUUGUAUUUUGGAUUUAUUUUUGUCGAUGUGUACAAUAAGUAUAAAAAUAGUUAUAAUUCUUUAUCAAGUACAAUGUUUACAGUUUUUUUUCUUCUUAACAAUAGCCAAAUGCUACAAAUUGGAAUGUAUUUAAAAUGUGUAGAAUAAGAUGUUUAUUCUGAAUAAAAUAAUAUUUUACUUUA